GCGUGCAUAUGUAAAUACUGCCGUAAUUUAUUUAGUUACAUAUUUAAUAGCGUAAAAUUGACAAAAAUUUACCCGACUAGUCUUCUUAUUAUAUAAUUUAAUUGAUCAACUUAUAUUUCCUGCGUAAACCCUAUGACAACAUGCCAAACGAGUGCAUAUUAUAAAACCAAGCAAUUAUUAAUUUGUUUCACGUUAAAUAGUUAAAAGUGUAAAAUCGAAUUUCGAUGUGUUAAAUUCUGAUUGUGAAAGUAACGGAGGAUGGGACUUGGAUUUGGACUUACGUACUGAGGGUCUACUCAUGUAACGCACUCCUCUACCCAAAUUUCAUAAUUUUAAAGAUUAUUUCUAAUAAUUAAAUAGAAACCGGAAAUAUAUUUAAAUUGGAAAGAUUUUCACAAGAUGACAGAAAAUGAUUCUCCUGAAGACAACUAUUUCCGUCUGCAUCGACUCAUCUACAACACGGCGACGCGCUUUUUUCGCCAAGAAUUUGGUCGACUGUGGUCUCAAUUCAGUGGUCAAGCGUGGGAAAAUGUGCCUCGUUCCGGCUCCAAAUUUAUCUCGGGACCUGGCCAUGCACAGUUCAAAAAUAGCCAGAAAAUUCAACAGCAACAACUCCAAGCUGGAAAUUGUCUAGCUUGGGACCUUCCCAUUUUGUUCCAAAGUAUCGCAUCGUUAAACAAUUCGCUUGGUUUGGCGACUCCGCAAACAGAUUUCGCCGAGCUUAAAGGGAUCCGAAAUCGUCUCGCGCACAACGGGGGCACAGAGCUGGAGUCAAAAAUAUUUAACCAAGAUUGGAAUAAAGUGAUCGAAAUAUUAAAAAAGUUCGGAUUUAGAGAAGAGGAACUGGAGCGAGACCCUGGGAACAAGGAGGCUGGGAAAGAGGAAGAAAAAGAGCAGGAUGAUCUAGUCCAGAAGCUGAAGGAGGAGGGUAAUGCAAUGUUCAAGAACGGAGAAUACUGGAGAGCAAUAAAAAAAUACACUGAAGCCAUUACGAAGGAAAAAGUGGGGUCUAUCUUGCUCGGAACGCUGUAUUCAAAUAGAUCUGCAUCCUUCCGCGCCGUAAACUUCCUCUCAUACGCCAAGGACGACGCCAAGACGUCCAUCAAUCUUCGCCCUCAAUGGGGCAAAGCUUACUACCACCUAGCAAAAGUGUACGAGAAGAAAUUAAAAUAUUCCAAAGCCCUCCAAAAUUACAGAAUGAGCCUGAAGUUUGAUCCUGAAAAUGAACCCAUUGCCAACCUUAUACAUCACGUGGUUUUCAUGAUUGAAAAACGGCGACGUCAGGAGCACCUCGACCCUCAGAUGAUGCCCCCAACCGAGAAGGAAAUGAUGGAUAGCUCAAUUAAAAUGUCAGGACCUGGUGCCGUCUUAUUCGAAAGUUUGUUGCCACACCUAUUAAAUCUCAAGGAUGACCCACGCAUGAUUUGUGAAGAAGCUGAUAAACACUUUCAUGGCCAUGGUGGGUACAAGAAAGACCUCGAACAGGCGGCCGUUUUAUUUUCCAAGGCGGCCGAGAAGGGCGAUGCUCUUGGAAUGUACCGCCUUGGGCUUAUGAUGUUGGAGGGAAACGGAGUUGACGUGGAUGUCGUGCAGUCAUUUAAGUUAAGGAAAAGAGCUGCGGAGAUGGGCCCGAUUAUGGAGAUUUUUCCCGGAUGGGGGAAAAAACCGUGAGGCAAGGAGUCAGAGAAGCACAACAUUCUCUAGGACUUGACUAUGCGGAUGGAUGCUAUGUGAAGAAAGAUUACCAGCAGGCAGAAUACUGGUACAUGAAAGCUCUACGAAACGGGUACGGCUUUUCUGCUCUGAAUAUCGCAGUUCUAUUCGCAUCGGGACAAGGUCGCCCGGUUGACAUGGCGAAGGC